GGAGCUGGGCAGAGGGAAGGAGGCUGCAAGGCACAAAUGCUUGCAAAAGUGUGGCAGCUCAGUUAGCCAUUGCCAGAGGAGGGAGAGCCACUCUGGAGGGGAGACCUCACAGCAGGAGGAGAAGAGGCUGGGGCUAGGGCUGGCAGGGGAAGAAGGACACAAAGAAAAGUCUGGGAAAGAAUUAGUUUGCUUUCCAGUGCUGCUCUUCCACUAGAGAUGUUGCUGCUGCAGUUUCUGCUUUGGUAAAGAAAGCAACACAGUUGGAAGAGGAGAGAGGUAGAGUUCUGUAUACUAUGGGAUGGGUGAAGAAGAGAGCAAAUAUGUGUCUCAGCUCAAGGAUGUGUAUGACAGCUGUGAUACCACAGGUACUGGGUAUUUGGACAAGGAGGAGCUGACAGACCUAUGCCACAAGUUACAUCUGGAAAGACAGCUACCUUUACUCCUAGAAACACUCUUGGGAAAUAAUCACUUUGCUAGGGUUAACUUUGAUGAGUUUAAGGAAGGCUUUGUGACCGUGUUGUCCUCAAGUAUCAGCCUUGGUCUUUCAGAUGAUGACAGCAGUUAUUUGGAGCCAGUUGUUCCAGACGAAGUGGCACCCAAGUACAUCAAUGGAGCCAAGUGGUAUGGCCGCCGGACACAACCAGAAGUGCAGGGCACCAAAUUGGAAACCCCUAAGUAUUUACAAGAACAGCAGUCAAAAAGUCAGCUGAGGCGCUCAGCAUCUCUGGAGAGUGUGGAGAGCCUUAAAUCAGAUGAAGAACCUGAAAGUGCAAAAGAACAGCAGCAUGAGAUGUUUGAAGGAGAAGGUCGAAUGUGCACGUGGGACAAUGAUCUGUAUGACGGCCCCAGAAAAGUCUCCAGCUCCUAUUUUGACAUGACUGAGAAUCAGGUUCGGGACAUCUGGGAAGACCUUGGCAUUGGAAAUAAUGGGUAUCUGAACAAACAAGAGUUAGCUACUGUGUGUAAGAACAUUGGACUAAAAGAGAUGGGGAAAGAGGACCUUGAAGAAUUAUUUAAUAAGUUGGAUAGCGAUGGAGAUGGCAGAGUAAGUUUGAAGGAAUUCCAACUUGGCUUAUUCAGCCAUAACCACAUUCCCUGCCCAGUUUCUUCCACACCACUGAAACCAACGUGUCAAAGAGCAACAUCCCACCAGAUUUUCAAAGGCAGUGGACGUCGAAGUGCAACUCCAUCGUUUUUAUCUGGAUCAAUGGCUUUGAAUCUUUUCUCCAGCAUUGAUGACGGCAGUGGCUUUGCAAGUCCUGAGCAAAUACUCUCCAUUUGGGCCCAGGAAGGGGUUGAAAACUGCAAGGAGCUGCUUAAGAGUCUGGAUGUCAACAUGGAGGAGAAAGUGAAUCUCUUGGAGCUGUCUAUGGCCCUCAGUGAUGAACUAAUGGCUUCUAAGAGCCAACUUCAACAGGCAGCUUUUGCCACCUUUAAACAUGAACUUCACCAUCUAGAAGCUCAGGUGGAACAGAUCUCCAGUGACAGAGACAAAGCAAGGAUUGAAUUAGAGAAGGUGGAAAAGUGGAACUUUGAGCUUUCUAAGGAAGUGGAUGAUACCCAUAGUGCUCUGGAGUACCACAAUGAGAGUAAACUGAGAUACCUUGAGCAAGAUUAUAGAGGAAAACUGACCGUUUUGAAGUCUGAAGUGGAGAUGGAAAGGGAGCAGCUCUUGCAACAAACUAACCAUCAGAGAACCAAGUUAGAAGCUGAAAUUAAAUCUCUUAAAGAGGAAGAGUCCAGUUUGAGGGGAAAACUAACUUUGGUCAUCAAAGAAAACAGUCGCUUACAAAAUGAAGUUGCUGAAAUGGUUCAAAGACUGGCUGAGUCUGAAAAACAAGUAUUAAAGUUUCAGAAGGAUCUUGAUUUCUUGUUGAAAGACAAGCUAGGACUUCUGGAUCCACAUAGCACUGAGUUCUAUGAUCAAGAAGAGCGUUUUGCUGAAAUCAUCAAAGAAUAUGAAUUACAGUGUCGGGAAUUGCGUGACAAGAAUGAUGAGUUGCAAAUGGAGGUGGAAAAACUGUGCUCCCAGCUGCAUGGAAGCAAACAUAGCCAAGCCAAGCAUAAAAUGAAGGCCAAGAGCCCUGGAGGAAGGCUCCUGCCUGAAAAUGUAAAAGCCAAAAUCCCAGAUGACAUCCAAAAAAAUGAUCAACUCCUGCUUGGAUACCAGCACUUACCAGCCAUAGGUCAAAAUGGGGUAACUUUCACUGAGUAUGAUCCUUACUCAGUAAGUAUACAAAUGGAGCUUCUGGUAGAAGAACUGAAAGAACAGCAUCAAGACUUGAAAAUACAGCUGGAAACCAAGGUCAACUACUAUGAAAGAGAAAUAGAGUUAAUGAAAAAUAACUUUGAGAAGGAAAGGAAAGAUAUUGAAGAAGGUUUCAAGAUUGAAAUAAAUGAACUAGAGGAACAGAAGAGCGAUCUGGAAAAGCUGAAUGCAAAAUGCGAGGAAGUGAUUGGAGGCUUGAAAGCUGAGCUUGAGAAACUAACUCCUGUCCAAGAACUCAAGAGGAGUUUUGAAAAGGAGAGAUCAGAAAUGGAGCAGUACUAUGCCAAAGAAAUUUCCAACCUAGGACAGAGACUGGCCCAAGAAAGGGACAGAUUGCAGGAUGACAUGAAGAAGCAGCACGAGAUUGAGAUGCAUCUCAUGAGAAUUCAACUUGCCACAGUUUCAGAAGACAACAUUCUCCUAAAAAAUAAACUAGGACGAUUUCAGCAGGAAGUGGAAAAUGCUGGUGAAGCAACUAUAAAGCACAGAAAAGAAAUUGAUGAACUGAAGAUGGAAAGAGAGAAGGCCAUCUACAAAAUAGAAGAAUUAAACCAACUAAAUAAUCACUAUAAGGAGCAAAUCUUCCAGUUGAAUGCCAGAACCGAACGGUUGAGCCACGAACUCUCUGAGCUAAGCAGCAAUAAUAAGGCCAAUCAGAAUACCAUUGCUGUACUGAAACAGAGGUUUGCAGAGUUGGAGAGUCAAAAAGACCAUGAAGCUGUGGUUGCCAAGCAAUACCAAGAGGCCUCUGCUGAAUUGACAAAGGAACAUCUUCAGCAGCAGUUGGCAUGGCAGGGAGAAAAGGCUCUGCUAGAAGAACAGCUGAAGGCCUUUAGGGGAAAGAGCAAGCAGUUUCAGGAGCUGGAGUCUGAACUGGAAUGUUUGACUCAGGAGUGCCAGAUGCUGCGUCUAGCAAAAGCACAACUGACAGAUGAAUUGGAGGAAUGUCAUGAUCAGCUAUUGGAAGCCAACACACGCUUAAACCUGGCAGAGUCUAGGCAUGUAGAAGAACUGCAGCAGUUAAGAAGCCAAAUGGACAAUUACGUAACUAAAGACUGCCUUGCUGAGGCAGAAAACAGACUAGCAGAAGAACAGAAAAUGGUUAAGUUGUUGGAAGGAAAAUUCAAUUUCCAGGCAGAGCAGAUGAAGUGGCAGUUGUCCACAUAUCAGGAAGAGCAUGAGAACUCAAAAAGAUUAAUGGAAGAAAAGGUGGGGGAACUAGAGAUGAACUUGAAGAAUGCACAGCUAUUGCUUCAAGAAAAGAUGACCCAACUUAAGGAACAGUUUGAAAAAAAUGCCAAGUCUAAUCUAUUGUUGAAAGACUUGUAUGUGGAAAAUGCGCAGCUGAUGAAAACUCUGCAGGUUGUAGAACAGAGGCAGAAGAGCAUUGAAAACAGGAACUUAGUCCUGGAGGAAAAAAUCGUAUCCCUGAAUAAUUUAAUUAGAGAAAUUACUCUAGUGUCUCAAUGAAUUUCAUCUAUUUUUCAGUUAUGUUGCUUUAAACUGGAAAAGACAAUCUGGUUAGACGGCAUAUUUUGUGGCCAACUAUUUUGUACACAUUUCGGAUCCUGGAAAAAUAGCUUCUAAUUAAUAAAACUCUCAUAGAAUACAUUAUGUGAAGGAGCCUACUUUCCUUCAUGUAGUGAAAGAGAUACUGCUAGAAGAGUGGAACCAUUUUCCCAAAAAGUGUAACUAAAAGAUAAAAGGUAUUCUCAGGGAGAAAUCUGAAGUUGGUGACUGAGUUUACUGGCAGUAAAAUAAAUAUACAUCUCAUUUUUCCAAUGGAAAAGCUAAAAUAUUUAGUGCCUUCUGGAUCCUUUCUUCAAAAGCAGAAUAUUCUGCUGUUGGGAACUGGUUGAUAGUUACUGUGAUAGGCAAUAUUCUUGCCCUCUUCCUCCCAAUUUUGUCUAUACACUGGUUUGUAUUGUGUAUAUAUGUACAGUUUUCUACACGUGUGUAAUAGUAAUUCCUUAUAUCAUUUUCUGUAUCAUUUGGACAGAUGUAGUCUAAAAUGAAAGUAUAUUGUAGUAUUUUGGUGUGCUUUGGGAAAAACCUGACAAGAUUUUUAAUUAAAUGCUAUUUAUAUUGCC